UAAUAAUUGAAUAAUAAUAAUGAAUAGUAGCUAGAAAAUAAGAAAGGGAUCUCGUAACAUGAAGUAAAAUAAUGAUGAAAUAAUAAUUAGGUAUAAGAAAAUUAGUCAAGAUCAAAGAACUCAUAUAAUUAAUGAGUUGACAAUAAAUGGUAAGACUUUAAAAGAAGUAUAGAAAAUAUAGUAUUUUAUUAUAAUAGGUAUCAGAAGAAACUUAAUUGAAACCAUCAACAGUCAAAGCUAUAUUAUAAGUUUAUUUAAAAGAGGGUCGGAUAGGGAAAAAAUCAACAAGGGAUAGAAAAGUAAAACUAUUAAACACUACUGUAAUAGCCUUAAUAGAUAAAACUAAGUAAUAUAAUAUUUUUAUUAUAAAUUCAAUUAGAAAUAGUGAUUAUGCUAUAGAAAAUUUAUAAUUCAUAAAUCCAAUGAUUCGAAUAAAUCAAUAAUCGUCUGAGAUUUCUCAUAAUGGUUAAACUUUAACUGAGACUUAAUAGAAAUUAGAUUAGUAUUCAAAACAACUUGUGAUGAUGUAAGUUAAAGACUUUUUAAGAGAAAAGAAAUCUGAGAUUGUUGAAUAAUUAGCUAAUCCUUUAGCAAAAUAAAAUUUUUUAAAUUAAUUGGCUCAAUUUGAAGUAAGUGAGCAAUUACCAUUUUAAGAAUUAAAGAAAGAACAAUUAUCUGCUGAAGAUGAAUAGUUUGUUGAGAAGAUAACAUAACAUUUAAAAUCGAAAGUAAAAAUGUGAUAUAAUAAAUAAAUAACAUUUUUAAUAU